CGUGCCGCCCGCGCCGCCGCGACGCCCCUGUCGGCCGCUUCCCACCGCAGUGCCAUCGCCGCGCCGCCGCCGCCACGCCAGCCCGCUCGGCCUCGCACCACGACAAGACCCUCCCCGACGAUGCGCGCCCCGGAGCACAAGGGCUGCAGGCUGCUGGUGGCGCUCGCACUGCUGACCGCCAUCGCCGGUCACGCCCGAGGUAUCGUCCGGCGCAGGCGCGGCUUCGGCGACGGCGGCCAGGAGUACGGCUACGUGGACGUGCGCGACGGCGCCCACAUGUUCUACUGGCUGUACUACGUCAACGGCGGCGACACGCCGGCCGACAAGCCGCUCGUCCUCUGGCUCCAGGGCGGCCCCGGCGCCUCCUCCACCUCCUUCGGCAACUUUGAAGAGAUCGGACCCCUCGACUCGAACCUCAACGCCAGGAACGCGACCUGGGUCAAGUACGUGAAUGUCAUGUUCGUGGACAACCCGGUGGGGACGGGCUUCAGCUACGUGGACAGCACGUCCAAGCUCACCACCAACAACAAGCAGAUCGCGUCCGAUCUGGUGGAGCUGACGCGCGGCUUCCUCAAGAGGCACCCCCAGUUCAGGAACAUACCCGUCUACGUGUUCAGCGAGUCAUACGGAGGCAAGAUGGCGGCCGAGUUUGCGCUAAACCUGUUUAAGGAGAAGAAGGCGGGCACGAUCGACGUGAACAUCCAGGGUGUGGCGCUAGGCGACGCGUGGAUCUCCCCCGUCGACACGGUCCUGUCGUGGGCCAACUACCUGCUGCAGACUGGCAUGGUGGACAGGCGGGGCCACCGCGCCGUCCAGGUCGCCGCCAACAAGUCCAGCGCGGCGGCCGCGGUGGGCAAGUGGCGCGAGGCCACGCGCCGCUGGGAGGCCGUCGAGGGCGACGUGCUGGCCGCCACCCGGCACGCCGACUUCUACAACAUCUUGAUGCCCGUCGAGGCCAGGGAGGAGGAGCCCAAAGCUAAGAGCGCCACCACAGAUUUCCUGUUCCGGGUCAUGUCGGAGCGCAUCGCCCCGGACGAGCGCCUCGACGCCCUCAUGAACAUGCGCGUCAAGCCCGCCCUGGGAGUGGUCCCCGAGCGCGUGCGCUUCCGCACCACCAGCGCGCAGGUGUUCAACGCGCUGUACGCCGACUUCAUGAAGCCCGUCACCCACAUCGUCGAGCGCCUGCUCUCGGAGACGGACCUCAAGGUCGUCGUGUUCAACGGCCAGCUCGACCUGAUCGUGUCCACGCCGGGCACCCUGGCGUGGGCCGAGAGGCUCAAGUGGCGCAUGGGCGAGUACUGGGUCACCAAGGCGCCGCGCCGCGCCCUCGCCGUCGACGGCAUCCUAGAGGGCUUCGUCAAGAGCGCCGGCAAGUUCAGUUUCUACUGGAUCAACCGGGCCGGCCACAUGGUGCCCGCCGACAACCCAGCCGCGUCCAUCGAGAUGCUCAGGCAGGUGACCGAAUUCGACAAGAGAGAAAUAACGACUGAAUAACUGCGGCACACCGCGCCGACUAGUCACUUAGAAUAAGUACCAAAGCUGAACGCGUUUCAGAAGAGAGAGUUAGCCAAUAAAACGGAAAUGUGUGACAAAUCAAAACACUCGACUGAUUAUUAU